UGGCGCAGACGAGGUACAUCUUGUCUGUGAAUCCAAGUACAUAUCAAAGUUGGUGAAGUGAACAAAAAAAAAAAAAAAUAACCAUGAUCUAUCUUAUUUAUAGCGAUAGGUAUCGUGUAUCUCAUCUGAAACAACAUUUAUUAUUAGUUUCAUGACAGGUUUUAUCAGCAUUGUGGUAAUUCCUAGUGAAGUAUCAUGUGUCGAUAACAUAUUGAUUCACUAUUUUCAUCAUUGUAACCUUGAACUUGACUAACGUAUUCACUGUUUCUGGGGAGUGUCUGCAAUCUUGUAUUAGUAACUACUAAUUGUACCUUUUGUAUCAUUUUUAUUAGUAAUUAUGGAUCCUUCGAUCUUCCCUGAAGAAAUUUGGAUAAAAAUUUUAUUAUACUGCGAUGUACCUGACAUUAUUGCUAUAGGCAAUACAUGCAAAUAUUUAAGAAAAGCUUCAGACACUGAUUACUUGUGGAAAAUGAAGUGGUUACAGUUGAUUUCGAAGGUGCACUUUAGAUUUCCAGAUAUAAAGUGUUUACAGUUACUUAACAUAAGCUUUAAAGCGAUGUGUUACAGAUUGUACAUGGUAAUUACAUUAGGAGAAAAUGUUCAUUUCCCAAAAUGUCGUCACUGCAGUGGUUACACAUGUCAAAGAAAUUGUGUUGAAGGUUCUAGUGCGAAAGUAGUAAUUGAGAUUGGAAAUAAAUACACAUGGGUUAUUGCACCACAUUUUGAAUUAAGAAGACAUUUUUCAAUGUUUGGCGUACCAAAAUACAAUAAUGAAACGUAUUUGGAACAAACGCAAAAUGUUCCAAGUAGCAGUGCACGUCCUAAAUGUGAUGGGAAAUCACUAGCUAAAAAGUUUAAAUUAUUGAAAUUAUCUGAAUUAGCAACAGCUAAAAUUCCAAGACCUAGCGGUCCUUUUUGUGUUUUUUGCAAUUCUGUGAAAUUAUACAGAGAAAAAAAGAGAUUGAUUACUCAUCAGAAUGAUCCAGCAUAUUAUGCAAGACCAAAUCCAAUUUAUGAAAAACUUAUAAAUGGAUAUUGCACUGAUACUGUUGAGGUACUUGGAAUUCCAAAUGUUGAUCUUGUUAGUCCGGCAGAGGCAUUAUUAAGUGAUGGAACAUUUCCUGUUCUUAAAACAUUUGUCGGUCACUUGUUUCAUCAGAUGAGAUUAACGUCGACAUUAAGAAAACCUAAUGCAGUGCUAAUGUUUUGUGAACCAUUAGCUAUGCAUCCACUGUUAAGGAAACAAUUAUUGCAUUAUUUGUUUCAAGAAGUCAAAGUAUCAAGAGUUUGUCUGGUUCCUAAGCCUUUAGCAGCAUGUGCAAUGCUGGAUGUGGAAACUUGUGUGGUAGUUGAUAGUGGUGCUCUAAGUACAACAGUAGCUGUUGUAAUUGGUGGACGUGUUAUGCCACAACGUUGGAGAUUGUUACCUGUUGGUGGUUGGCAUGUAGCUUACCAUUUAAAACAAGCUAUGCAUUGGUAUUUAAAAGGAUGUUAUCAUAUUCCUAUAUCAUAUCUAGAUACACUACCUAUUAAAGAAAGAUGUAGAUUAAGUUACAAUAUUAAAAAUGAAGAAAAGAGAGUAGGACAAAAAACUGGGGAAUGUAUCAAAGUGAGAGUUCGAAGCUAUGCUGAUAAUAAGCAAUUUUUGAGAGUUUCCUUAGGUUCAGAGUUAUAUAUUGCUCCUGAAAUGAUGUAUAUUAAUCUUGGUUUACCACAAGUGAUAAAAGAUGUAACUUCUGGUUUAUCAGAAGAUAUAUUGCAUGAUUGUCUUUCACACAUUUUGCUUACUGGAGGCAAUACACAUCUCUCAGGUUUUGGGUUAAGAUUAACUAAAGAUUUACGAGAAUUAUUACCAGAACAUAGCAAGAUAUUAGAAGUGAGAAGUUGUCCUGGUACUCAUAGUUGGAAUGUUGCAAUGGGUUCCACAUAUGUGCCUUUAGCUGUGCAUCCUGACAAAACACCGCCAGAAUAUAUAGAAGGUAACCCAUUUUGGUUGUCAAGAGAAGAAUAUGUUUUAUUUGGGUGUGAAUCAUUGGAACAGUAAAACUAUGUAAUAAGUGAUUUCUUGCAAUGUCAAUACCUUACUUAUUAUAUAAAUGCAACUGUUGAAAAAGUAAAGGAUAAACUAUCAUGAAGAAUAUCUUCUCAUGAAUCGCCUUUAAAUUAGAUGCAAAAUAUAAUCAUAGAUAAUUGAAGGAACAUUUCAAGAUAAAAUGCUUGGACAAAAAUAAAUAUUGGUACUUCUAGGGCCCACCUUAGUCUACAAAGAAGCGGAAAGUGUAAGCUCUACCAAUAUGUAUCCAAUGAAUACUAGUCUGGUAGGCAUACGUUUCCGCAUCGACAUUGCAAAAUUAUGUCCCUUGAGCACUUUGUAUUAUCACAUUAUUAUUGAUCUAUCAGUUUUACAACUCCAUUAGAUAAUCAUAUCAUUUUCUAAUCUUCUUUUAAUUUACUUGACAUUUCAAAAUGUUAUUAGUGAUUAAAACCUCAGCUGAUUUCAUCAUUUAGUUAAAAUUUCUUAAUUGAAAUCAUAGUAAGUUAAAUAAAACUAUUUAUAUGUAGUGUAAAACUUCAUCAAUAUCUGGAUUUCGUUUUUCUAUUGAAAGUCCGUCCAUUUUAAGUUUUCAACUAUGUAAUUUUACAUUAUUACUCUUUUUUUCUUUAUUGAAAUGAUCAGCAAAUGAGGUAUCAAAUUAAAAGAAAUCGAUUGAAGAAAAAUUAUUCACAAUUUGGAAUAUAUAAAUUCUAAUAUUAUUCCACAUCCUUCAUUCUGUAUCAGUUUUUAAUAUUUUUAUUGCACAUCGAGUUUACCUGAUAAUUCAUUCCCAUUAGAAUUGAGAUUUAAUCAUUCCAUAUUCAUAACAAAUUGUUUAUAAUUCCAAAAUUGUAUCUCCUUUCUUCCCUUAGAAGAUGAUUUUUAUGUAUAUAAUCCGCAGAUAGUAAAUUGUUUUGUACAUACAAAAUAUAUAUAUUCAAUUGCUUGAUGUACAGGUAAAUAAUUUUAGAAAAUAAUAUUCAAAAGUAAAUGUUAUAAAUUCUAAAUAGAAUAUUUCUAAAAACUUGUUCAUAAUUUCGUAAAUUUGCAUCAUCAUUCUUGCCAAAAUAAGAAAUGUGUAUUAAUAGCCAAAUAUAUAGCAACAUUUCUAGUCACUUUAAAUAUAAUUAAAUUAUUUAGAUUUAUCUUCCAAGAUAAUAAAUAUUAUUAAAAAUAAGAAUUUAUAACAAAAGGACUUUAGGACUAUAAAUAUAAAAUUUUAUGUUAUUAAUAAGAUUACUAUUACCAUUUUUAACUUAAAUUUAAUCUUGUGAACAAUUUAAUACGCUAUUGUUUUGUUAUAUACAUUAAAGAUUUUAUUAAUUGCCAAGCUAAAAGUAAAAGAUUAUAUAACAUUUAAAAAGUUAUACACUUUUAAUACUACUUUUAUAGUAUAUAAAUUAAUUUAAAAAAGAUAUAUAAAUAUAUUACAAAUAUCAUAGUAAACUACGUUUUUGUUAUCGAUAAAAAAUCUAUGCAAGUUAUUAAUUUAUAAUAUAAUUAUUGCUACAUACAUAGGUGCUUGUAAAACAUAUGUCAGCAUAAUGUAAGCAUGUAUAUAAUUUAGCAACUUUAAAGUAAUAUAAAUAUUUAUGACUUUUACAAAUUAUAUGUGUUUAAGAUACAAUUUAUGUUUUCUUAUCUUUGAAUGAUUUGAUUAAUUCUUUUAAUAUUAUUUUACCAAAAUGAAAACAAAUUCAACUAUAUUUCUUGAUAAUGAUUUUACUUAUUUACUUCUUAUUAAUAAUAUCAUUUAAAUCAUUUUUUUUUCAAUUUAUUUUCUUAUAAAAUUAAUUACAUACUUUUCAGCUAAUGUUUUAUACUUACGUGAAUAAGUAACUGCCAAUAAUAAUAUAUAAUAUUUUAGUUGUACUCGAACAUUUUACAUUUCAGAUAUAAAUAUUUAGUUUACAAAAGAUCUGUAUAAUUUAAUCAUUACAUAAGGACAAAAGAACAUUGACUUGUAAAUAUUGUAUAUAUUCUACAUUAAUUGUACAUUAAAUAUGAAACUAUAUCUGAUCGAUAUUUUGACUAAUUUGUUACAGCCUGUAAAAA